UUCUCUUCUCCUCGCUUCUCUUCUCUUCUCUUCUCUUCUCUUUCUUUCUUUUUUAAUGGCAUGGAGUAAAUUAUUUACCCCGUCAACCACUUAAGUUAAAGAGAACUGACACCAAUAAAUACGAGUUAACAGGGAUUCAUCAAUUCGUUUAAGUUACUCGCAUGAAUCAAAGUUUAACUUGAAUGUCCAAACAGUCACUGGAGCCUGACUGCAUGGAGUCUGAUGCAUUCCUGUUGUUACAGAGAAUAAAGAGACAGUCUUGCUGUUAUGAGAACCUGAUCGCCCUGACAGGACUGAAGCUGCAGGUCGGUCUCAUGAACAGGAGGUGGAAGCUGAUCUCAGAGCAGAUCUGUGGACUUCACAGAUCCUGCGGCUCCUCAGAGCAGAGAGGAGCUCAGCCGCUGCAGGGGGACUGCAGCUGUGGACUUUCCGUGCUGGAGAUGAAGUUUCCUACAUGCGUGUACCUGAGCUGGACUCUGCUGGCUGUAGCCGUGGUCCAUCUGUCUGUAGGUGAAAUGUACACGUCGCUGCUGAACGUGAAGCAGGCGAUCAGCGUUGAACGGAAGCUGAUCGAUUACUUGAGGACUUAUAUUGACCACGAGGUGGAGAGGCUGGAGGACAUCAAACGCUUCUAUGCCAAAGUGUCCGACCUGCACACUGAACUUUACAAAGGCCCGGGGACUGCGAUGGCCAACCCUCUGGUGGCGUUCACCCUGAUCAAGCGGCUGCACUCGGAGUGGCUGAACGUCGUCUACAGCAACGAAGCCCAGGAGAACACACAAGCCCUCAGGUCCAGUUACGAGGAGGAAGAGGCUGAGCUGCCCAAACUGGAGGACCUCCAGGGGGCUGCUAAGGGGCUGAUGAGGCUUCAGGACGUCUACGCUCUUCAAGUUACGAGCCUUGUAAAGGGUCGUUUCCAGAGAGUCACUAAUGGCGAGCCCACUGAUGUCUACCUGCCCACAGUGUCCAUCCCACUGUCUGGUGAUGACUGCUUUCUGGUCGGAAAGGUGGCGUAUGAGCAGGGAGACUACUACCACUCUGUGCAGUGGUUGGAGGAGUCGGUGCGUCUCUUCAGGGGAACAGGAGGCGAGUGGAGCCCGGAGAACGAAGGGACUCUGGAGGAUGCUCUGGAUCACUUGGCCUUCUCUCACUUUAAAACAGGAAACGUCUCCUAUGCUCUCAGUCUGUCUCAGGAGUUACUGCAUCAUGAUCCCUUGAAUGGAAGAGUUUUGCAGAAUGUUGAGAAAUACGAGAAGCUGCUGGUUACAAGUUCAGCCACAUCGCUCAGGGGCGACGGGCUGAGGAGACCCACCUCCAGUUAUUUAAGAACCAGGGAAGCUUACGAGACGCUUUGCCAGACUCGAGGCUCUCAGCCAGCCCAUUUUGAAAACCCCAAACUUUUCUGCGACUUCUUCACCAACAACCAUCCUGGGCUGCUUCUGCUGCCAGUGAGACGAGAAGUGCUGAGCCUGCAGCCGUAUGUGGUGCUGUACCACGACUUCAUCACUGACACUGAGGCCGAGGACAUCAAGGGGCUCGCCCAGCCAGGAUUGAGACGCUCUGUGGUGGCAGCUGGAGAGAAACAAGCAACAGCAGAGUAUCGCAUCAGCAAGAGUGCCUGGCUGAAGGGUUCAGCACAGUCCACUGUUGGGAAGCUGGACCACAAGAUCUCCAUGCUCACAGGUCUGAAUGUGAGGCACCCAUAUGGCGAGUACCUCCAAGUGGUGAAUUACGGGAUCGGUGGCCAUUAUGAACCUCACUUCGACCACGCUACAUCAGCUUCGAGUCCGGUGUUUAAGCUGAAAACUGGGAAUCGAGUGGCGACCUUUAUGAUAUACCUCAGCUCUGUCGAGGCAGGUGGCUCCACAGCCUUCAUCUACGCCAACUUCAGCGUUCCUGUUGUGGAGAAAGCUGCAAUCUUCUGGUGGAAUCUCCACAGAAACGGUCAAGGGGAUGAAGACACGCUGCACGCCGGCUGCCCCGUGCUUAUUGGGGAUAAAUGGGUGGCAAACAAAUGGAUCCACGAGCACGGCCAAGAGUUCCAACAUCGCUGCAGCCUGAACCCUGACGAGUGAGAGGGGUGGAGCAGUAGCCGGGCCCCUUUUUCGUUCACAAGAGCCAGCCUCUACAAUUGAGAGGCACCCUCGCAGGCAGAGAGAAGUAUGGAGCCAGAAAAGUGAGCACACAGAGCAGGGGAAGGGGAGAAAGCCUGCAUCUGUGAUUGGAGCCCCGGGGGCCCCAGGGAGCCUGAAGCAUACAGUACACUGCUGCUGUGGACACGGAUCGCAUAAGGCUGAGAGGCGGGGUAGAGGAGGAGUGGGGCAGCUGGCAAUCAGCCCCCAGAGGCCAAAUGUUCUCUUGCUCCUACUGGCCAGUUCCUGCAGAUGGAGAGAGGCCUCUGCCUUCGGACACGGAGCUGGUUUCAGUUAACUGUGCUGGGCUGUUUGCCUCCUACUGACAUCUUAUGCAGCCCUUCGUCUACACUGGGCCCACCCGAGGGUCCGUCGUUACAAAUCAACACAGCUGAACUUUAUGCAGACUCUCAGGACUUUAAAGAGAAGUUUAAUGUGCACGGCUGAAUCACAGUGAAAUGUGUGUAAAACGAAACACAAGUCAUCUGGAAAUUUCUGUGUGAUGUUAUGAUGCACUGAAAAAUAAAAGCUUUUUUU